AUGGAGGCGGGGAAGAAGAAGAUGCUGGCCACCCUGGUGGGGUGCAACUACGCCGGCACGGAGAACGAGCUGCAGGGCUGCAUCAACGACGUCCACGCCACGCGCACCGUCCUCCUCGACCGCUUCGGCUUCGCGCCGGGCGAUGUCACCGUGCUCACCGACGAUCCCGGCGCCGGCGCCGUGCUCCCGAUCGGCGCCGGCGUCAGGCAAGCGCUGGCCGACAUGGUGGCGCGCGCGGCGCCCGGGGACGUGCUCUUCUUCCACUUCAGCGGGCACGGCACGCUCGUCCCGCCCGUCAGCGGCCAUGGCGGCCGCGACGACGAGGCCAUCGUGCCCUGCGACUUCAACCUCAUCAGAGACGUGGACUUCCGGGAGCUGGUGGACCGCGUGCCGCGGGGCGCCACCUUCACCAUGGUGUCCGACUCGUGCCACAGCGGCGGCCUCAUCGACCAGGAGAAGGAGCAGAUCGGCCCCGACGCCGCCGCCGCUGACCCCGACCUCCACGCCCACGCCGUCCGGUUCCUCCCGUACGCCGCGGUGCUCGGCCACCUGUCGGGCGCGUCAGGCCUGGGCGCGUCGCACCACGUCGCCGACCACCUCGUGGCGCUAUUCGGCGCCGACGCCAGCGCCAAGUUCCACUUCCACCGUCACGGCAACAGCAGCGGCGGCGAGCGCACCGACGACGCCGACGCCGGGAUCCUGCUGAGCGGGUGCCAGAAGGACGAGCUGUCGGCGGACGUGGAGGCGGACGGCAGCAAGGCGGCGUGCGGGGCGUUCACCGCCGCACUGCAGGCCGUGCUGGCGGUGCACCCGGCGCCGAUGAGCAACCGGGAGGUGGUGCGCCGCGCCAGGGAGGUGCUCGGCGAGCAGGGGUUCCAGCAGCACCCCUGCCUCUACUGCAGUGACGCCAACGCCGACGCGCCGUUCCUCGGCCAGCGGGAGACCAAGGCCAAGAGCAACUGA